AAUCGGUGUUGUGCGCUGACACUGAACUGUAACACGCCUUUUUCCUUUCUUUCCUACAUACCAUAAUGGCGGCAAUUGCUAAGAAGACACCCAAAAUUAAGCGCGAUCCCGCGAAGAACCCGAUGCGCGAUCUGCACAUCAGGAAGCUGUGCCUCAACAUCUGCGUGGGUGAAUCUGGUGAUAGGCUGACCCGUGCCGCCAAGGUGUUGGAGCAGCUGACUGGACAGCAGCCCGUGUUUUCGAAGGCACGUUACACAGUGCGCUCGUUUGGAAUUCGUCGCAAUGAGAAGAUCGCCGUCCAUUGCACGGUGCGCGGUGCCAAAGCCGAGGAAAUUCUUGAGCGUGGCCUCAAAGUUCGUGAAUACGAGUUGAGACGCGACAAUUUCUCGGCAAACGGAAACUUUGGUUUCGGUAUUCAGGAACACAUCGAUUUGGGCAUCAAGUACGAUCCCUCCAUCGGUAUCUAUGGCCUGGAUUUCUACGUCGUUCUCGGCCGUCCAGGUUACAACGUGUCUCACAGGAAACGCAAAUCGGGCACCGUUGGCUUUCCACACCGUCUGACGAAGGAGGACGCCAUGAAGUGGUUCCAGCAGAAAUACGAUGGCAUCAUCCUCAAUAGCAAGAAAUAAACGCGAGCUUCGCUUGGAUGUUUUUUUUAAGAUGAGAAAUUCUAUAAUAAAUCCAUCAUGGGACACAUUUUUGAAUUUUAAA